AUGAUGCCUCUCAUGUUUAGGGUCAUACGCGGGCAUUUUAGUCACAUUAACUGCACAGUCACCUCUCCCUUUGACCAUGGAGCCCAAGGUGUGUGGCUGCACUUGCUGAAUCGCAGGCUCCUCCAUGUUGGAGAUCGGGCGUCGCUGACGAAAGCCUUCAGUACUCAGGACGUCGCCACCUUCGCCGAGCUGACAGGAGACAACAACCCCAUCCAUCUCUGCCCUGACUAUGCCCGGACAACCUCCUUCGAAAAGCCCAUUGUCCACGGCGUGCUGAUCAACGGGCUUAUCUCGGCCAUUUUGGGGACCAAAAUGCCUGGCAGCGGCUGCAUAUUCCUGUACCAGGAAAUUCGCUUCCCAGCACCCCUGUACAUCGGGGAGGCCGCUUUGGCUGAGGCAGAGGUGAAGAAGAUCAAGAUGUCAUGUGCCCUCAUCUCUGUUUCCUGCUCUGUGAAAGACAAAGUGGUGAUGGAGGGGGAAGUCAUGGUGCUGGUGCCAGAGGUCAGGAAUAAGGCCUGAGCGUCAGCAUAAUGUGCAGGGGAAACGAAAGCCACCAUGUUAAAGGUUCCUUCUUUGUUUAUGUAGGAAAUUGUACUCCCCCCCCCCCCCCCACCCCUGUCUGUUCUGAAAAAAAUAAAAAUGUGUGAAGUAACUCUGGAAUCUAAAGCACCGUUAAUCAUAGUAUAAGGACUUUUGAAAUGACUGAAUAAUAUAAUUGUUUGGAUAUAUUAUGAAAUCCUUUACUAGGUGCUUUAGUGUUUAGCUGUUUUUCUCUUUUGCUUUUUGUUUGAAUCGAUCCGUGUCAAACCAACACAACUUACUACCCAUGUUCUGAAGUGUACAGUAUUUGUAAAAUGUGUGAAAAUAUUUUGCAUCACGGGAACAAACUGGUCAACUAUAUUUGACAAUAUAUUCAUAAUGUAAUAAAUAUAUAUACUUAUGACAUAUUA